AUGGAGCAAAAGAAACUACACGGCAACAUUCAGCAGAACUUCCAACCGCAGCGCGCUGCUAGUCUACAUCCUCAAACCGACAACUCUUGUCACACUUCCAAUAUGGCCGCGAGUCUUCAGAAGCAACAAGAAGAACAACUAGCUACUUCCUGGCAAAAAGGCCAAUGUGAACCAUUCGAUCAGCGUCGCAGAAUGAGCGUAGGGAUUACGCCACCUCCCGCUAGCGAUGAUCUAUUUGUCAACUGUGAGAACGAAUUUGAUUCCUUUGAUGUUGAAGGUAGAACUCUUCAGACAAGUAGCCAGAUAACAAGUUUACCUUCUCAACUUUUUGGGAACCGCGCUGCUACAGUGGGUCAGCUGGGGGCUUUUUUUGACAGCAACCUCGGUUUCUACAACGAAAAUGCUAGCACAAAUUGCGAAGUAAAUCAGAAUGGCCGUGGGAAUAGCACCCCUGGAACGGUUGCGAACAACGCGACCGAUCCGGCACUUCGCCAGAUGGGAGAGCAGCCAUAUCUAACUCGAGAGCCCACAAAACAAUACGGCAUGCUCCACGUGGAUGAGGCAGUGAAGGCCCCGUUCACGGUACAUCGUAACGGAAAAUACGACGUCUUUCACCCCCAGCCAAAUGCAACUGGGGGCUUCUUCGACCCAGCUGGCCAAUUUCAUCAAGUUCAGCCUCAACAAAUGGGGCUUGAUGCUGUCCCAUACCUCCCCAAUCAGAUCUAUGAAGCCCUGCCUCAAGGGGCGGGACCGGCUCAACCGGAUACUCUUCCAUAUACAACUAGUCAUUUCCAUCCAGCUCAGUCUCAAAGUAUGAGACCCUAUAUUGAAUUGAGGAAUCUACACCCAGCAGAUCCCCGUCUUAACAUACAAAGUACUCAGUCAUACGCGUCAAUGACACCGGCAGCUGCCGCUCCUCAGCAGCAACAACGAGUUCAACAAUCUUCAAAGAAGGCUGUGGCUCAAACCCAGAAACCUCUUAUGAUCCUUUCACGGCCUUACCGCCCAUACAACAGUCAAGACUUUGCUGGGUGUGGCACAAGUGGAAGGAAAAAGGAAGAUGGUAACUGGGAUGUCAAUACGGAGCAGAACCAUUACGAGGCUUUCCUCAAAUAUCAUGGACGACCGGCUCUUCCAGCGCCGGUUGGCAGAACCCCAUUUACACAGCGGACUGACACCAUUAAAUCUCUUUCUGCUUCUGACAGAAAGCUCCUGAUGGACUUUGUCAAGGCAGAAAAGUUUUGGCGUGAGUAUAAGGAGCUGCCUAAUCCACCAAAUGUCGCCUACACUUCGAGUGAGGAGGAGGGAUACGCGAGUCGGUAUGAAGAUGAGAGCAUUGAUGAGGAGGAACCCAAGUCCGGCUCGGCCGAUAAAUCUGGCAAGCAACAGAUGACUGCAUCGAAGAAGAGAUCUCGCGAUCAUGGGAAAAUGGAAUCCACCGAAGUUCCUGCUGCUACUCAGGAUACUCGCCCCAUCAAGAAAAUCAGAACCAAUCAACUUCCAAGAGAAACACCACAGAUUACUCAAAAGGCAAAGACACAACAGCCUAUGUGUAAUGGAAAAGCAAAACUUGCUUUCGGCAGUCUGAAAGCCGUCGAUGAACAUAUGGCGAGAGAAGGCCACCCAUCACUCCUCGAACUGGUCAAUGAGCAUCUUGCCAGCAAAGGCCGCCGUAUAAUUCGACUCACCUGUUCAUUAGACACACCAUUGCCUAGCUCGGGUUCUACCACUUCUUCCGGAACUGACUUCAAUAGUCCCUCAGCAAUCAAUGUGAGCACUCGUCACCUUGAAAGCUCUUGCAACUCUGGGACACAAUCUUCAAACCUUCGAAAACGCAAGGCUCGCACCGACUCCGAAGAGAGAGGCAAUACCAAGACGAUAGGGUCAGCCAUCAAUAAGAACCGCACUGGCAGUGCGGAGAUGGCUGACGUUCAGGAACAGUCUGCACUUCCGAGAAGGCAGACGAUUCAAUCGAAGACCCAGAGAGCCUCUCAGAAGAAGCAGGCAGUCACCGAGACACAUUCAGGAAAUAAGCAUCGCCAAUUCUCAACUGCUGGACCCUCUACCAUCAACGACUUUACACAUGUCCCAAUCAACCAUGGCAAGCAAAGCGAUUCAGUUGCAAUGUAUCAUUCUCAACACGGUGCCCUGGAUAUCAGGGGACAGUAUUACAUGCCUCCACUGCCGUCGAAUCUACCCACUUCAAGCAUGUUGGAGCUUUCCAACCUACCCAUGGCGAGCGAAGAGACUUCGGGCAUGGUCUCCCCCCGAGCUAGCAUGGAACAUACAGAUUUCUCGGAGGUGCCGACCUCGCUUUCCCAAAUUACUGGAGAAGCAGCUUUAGAGGAGGGCUGGGGCACCCAGGUUGCCAACGAAGCGCCAUCACCCAACGGAUUCGAGGACCUUAGCGGUUUUGAUUUUGAAAGCUUCCUUCACGAUUACCCGUCGGCCCCCAAUGAUGAGGAAGCCAAUCACAGGUUUGAUUUUGAGGACAAACUUCCCAAAGUCCAGUUUUAG